GCCGCGUCGCCUUGUCUUUUGUCCUUAUGCUAAAUCAGUUCGAUUCCUGCGAUGAGUAGGAUUAGUUUCAGUGUCGCGUGACUUUGUAGUGUCCAUGAUAAUGACGCAGAAUAUAUUGAAGAGUUUACUUUGAAGUCUUCACUACCUUCUCCAAGUCUCGUGACAGACCUAGACGUGCCAUCCAAAAGCCUACAAAGUGAACAGCAAAAUCCACCCGAGCAAGUCUGUGUUUUGCUAUUAGAUCUUUUGGCAAUGGGCAUAGCAAGAAUCAGUGGAAAAAUACUACCACUUUGCUACAGGAAGCGUUCGACUCUACUGGUGGGCAUGUUUCUACUUUUAUCGUUUUUCUCAAUUAUAGUACUUCGGAAUGAAACAAGCUAUAUAUUAUUCGAGCCUUGGUUUUGCAGCAACAGGACAGAAAUCGCUUCCGAUCGAUCUUGCUUCAGUAAUGCCACCAAAACCAUUUUGUUCUACACUCCUAUGUUUGGUAGCAAGCCAUGGCCCGGAACCACUUCCACGAAAGAGUAUCUUUUGAAAUGUCCGACCAAAAAAUGUAACAUAACCUAUGAUAUCUACGAUAUAGGAAAAAGUGAUCUAGUUAUUUUUCAUGCUCGUGAUAUGCCAAGUUAUGUAAGAACGAAAGAAAUUCAACAGAUUCACAAUUACCGGUGUCCACAGCAAAGACUGGCGUUUUUAAACCAAGAAUCCAUUGUCAAUGACCCAGAUUUAAAGAACCGUCUUUCCUUGCCGGAGGGGUUCUUUAAUUGGACUAUAACUUUCAAAAGGGAGUCAGAUUUUCCCUAUCCUUAUGGAAAUUAUGUUUCUUUGCCAUCAGCUAAGAGACCAGCGAGAAUUCCUGACUAUGCAGCUGAGAAAAACAAAUUUGUGUUAUGGGCUGUUUCCAAUUGUGGAAGAACUCGAGAUAAGUACGUAAAAAAACUUCUCAAAUACAUUAAAGUUGAUGUUUAUGGCGACUGUUCGGAAAACUUUGGCCAAGACAAUCAAUGCCAGCCAUCAAGCAAUUGCGAUGAUAUUUUCAGCUCAUAUAAAUUUUAUCUGGCAUUUGAAAACAGCGUUUGUACUGAUUACAUUACUGAGAAAUUUUGGCGUACACUUGGUUGGAAUUCAGUGCCUAUAACACUAACAAGAGAUUUCUACACACCAGAUGUAGUCCCUCCAGGCUCGUUUAUAAGUGUGCAAGACUUUCCAUCUGUUAAGGCUUUGGCAGAAUACCUGUUAUACCUUGACAAAAAUGACACUGCUUAUAAUGAAUAUUUCACAUGGAAAAGAGAAUUCGUUUAUACAGGGAUCUUGGGAUUAACACAUACAGCCUGUGACAUAUGUGAUGCUCUUCAUAAUGAAUGUGUUCAACCCAAAUUUUAUAAAGAUAUAUUCAAGACUUUUUGGAACGAUAAUGUUGAUUGCAAAGAGAAAGAGGGAAAACUUUUACAACUUAUAGAUAGAGAGGAAAAAUGAUCGGUGUAUGUCGAAUAUCCAUUGAUUUUCAAAUGUUACUUACAGUUCCUCCUGGAAGACAAAGUGAAUCACUGAUAUGAACAACAAAAAGAAACUGACUUUAGGAAGGGUCUUUUUCUGGGCUCUCUGAACUGAGUCAAGGCGCGAGAAUUUGAAGAGUGACAAUAAAGGAGAUGAAAACAA